AUGGACUCACCAACAGGAGACUUUAUAAAGUCAAGCGCCGCCUACACAUCACACGAAUUCUCAGCAAUGGAAAAGCAGCAACAAGAGUUCUCUAGUCAAUUCUUUCAAGAUCUUCAACAGCAGCAGGCUCAGGCCCAAGAAGAGCAACAACAACAACAACAACAACAACAAAGAAAACCGCAGACAAGACCUCGACGAUCCCCCAAGUCAUCUUCCUCUGCUUACUCUGCAUGGGCUCGAACUCAGGCCAUGGCAUCCGUCUACAUCCUGGUUGCGGGCGGCGCCUUGUGUCUCAUCUUCCCCGGAUGGCUCCCUGGAGCCUAUUCAAUAGCCCUGGGAAUUUUGGUCUACUCCAUCGAACGGAAACCCUCCUCCAACCAGUCCUCCACAGAGGGACCGCCACACGCCGGUAAAAUACUCUCAUCAUCCACCCUCUCACCAUCAAAGGUCCUCAAGGCCCACUCCAUCCGCUCAACAUUCUACAUUAUCGCGUCGGUCCCCUGUUUCUUGCGCGCUCCCAAUUACACGGGAGGAUUGUGUCUGAUCACCAGUGGACUGACCUAUGCCGUCGCUGCCUUCCUUGCAAACCGAAAAUCCAAAGGCAAGGGCAAAUCUCCAUCCAUGAGUCCAGCCAGCUAUCGCUGA